GCUCAGUCUCUGGCUGUGUGUGUCAGUUUGUACUCGAGGCAUGCAGCUGGACUGACUGACAGCCACGAAGGGUCUGCUUAUUUAUUCACUGAGUUCAGUUUCUUCACCAAAUUUCACAUCUGUGAAUUUAAAGCCCAUGAUGCAACACUGUUACACGGUUUUAGUACAUUGUUAUAUUUCUCACACCCAGGAUGUUUUGUUUCCCAAGAAAUAAAGUUGCCAUGAUGGAAGACAGAUGUUAAUUAACCCCCUAGUGGAAAAAUCAGUAAGUAGUUUGGUGGCUGAUGUUUUCCUUCUGGGUGUGAAAAACAAAGUUACAUUGAGCAACAGUUCAAUUCAGUCAUACUGUUGUUAGUGCAGGAGCCCUGGGGCUCAGCAUUCUGCAUCACUGCCUCUGUUAUGGUACACUGUGGAUAUGAAACAAAUGCAAGGGAAGUGUUUCCAGAAGCCGGUCCCCUCGCUGCAUUAGAUCUCAGUUCCUGUGUCUCUGCUGAUGGAUUUAACGGCAUGUACCAUCCACACAGCUGCUGAGGACGGUUUGGUCAGCAGAUAUUAUUUCUGAACAGGUAUAGAUGGUUACUAUCAGGACAUGAACUCAGCUGAGUGACAGCUGACUACUUCAUAGCCACAAAGCCACCAAAGUAACUUUUUUGGUUAUCUGGAAAUAGUUCCUCUACCUGGAUGUAAUAUUUAUCCAAGUCGUGCCUCUUUUGUGAACCACUGAGGACAGGAUGGUUCAGGAUUUACUGGAUCUACAAGGAUGCAAAACCAGAACAUGCAGCCUCCACCCAGAGAUCGGUCAGAACAGUGCAUCCUCUAGAAAGGUACUUUCUUUGGAGUCUGAUGUACUGCCUGAAUAUAAACUCCAGGUGCCAGAGACAACAUGGUGGAUCUUGCUUCAUUACAGCCCCUUUAAGGCAUUUUGGGACUGGAUCAUCCUCCUCCUAGUCCUCUACACAGCGGUUUUCACCCCUUACUCAGCUGCCUUCCUCUUAGAUGAACAUGGGGAUAUACGUCAAAGGAGUUGUGGCUACACAUGUAACCCUCUGAAUGUGGCGGACCUUUUGGUGGACGUGUUGUUUAUUGUUGAUAUAGUCAUAAACCUCCGCACCACCUAUGUGAAUCAGAAUGAUGAGGUUGUUACACAGCCAAGCCGGAUAGCCAAGCACUAUAUCAAAGGCUGGUUCCCCAUUGACCUGUUCGCAGCCAUCCCUUUUGACCUCCUCAUUUUCAGAUCUGGCUCUGAUGAGAUGGCAACCUUAACCAGUCUCCUGAAAACAGCCCGGCUGCUGCGACUGGUCCGCGUGGCAAGAAAGUUAGACCGGUAUUCUGAAUAUGGGGCAGCUGUCCUCUUCCUGCUAAUGUGCACCUUUGUGCUUAUUGCACAUUGGCUGGCCUGCAUUUGGUACGCUAUUGGCUUUGUGGAGAGGCCCUACACAGAGACCGGGUGGCUGGAUAACCUGGCAGAACAACUAGGCAAGGUCUACAAUGACAGUGACUCCACCUCUGGUCCGUCAGUCAAAGACAAGUAUGUCACUGCUCUAUACUUCACCCUGAGCAGUUUGACAAGUGUGGGCUUCGGUAAUGUGUCUCCAAACACCAACUCUGAGAAGAUCUUCUCCAUUUGUGUCAUGGUCAUUGGCUCUCUUAUGUACGCUAGCAUAUUUGGGAAUGUGUCUGCCAUUAUCCAGCGGCUGUACUCUGGUACAACCCGCUACCACACCCAGAUGCUGCGAGUCAAAGAGUUCAUCCGUUUCCAUCAGAUCCCAGGUGGACUGCGCCAAAGGCUUGAGGAAUACUUCCAACACGCUUGGUCCUACACAAAUGGGAUUGACAUGAAUGCUGUGCUGAAGGGCUUUCCAGAGUCUUUGCAGGCGGACAUUUGUUUGCACUUGAACAGGUCUCUGUUACAGAACUGCAAGGCUUUCCGUGGAGGCAGUCAAGCCUGUCUGCGUGCUUUGGGGAUGAGGUUCAAGACCGUUCAUGCUCCACCAGCAGAUACCCUGAUCCAUUACGGUGACAUUCUGGACUCUCUGUUCUUCAUCACUCGUGGCUCCAUCCAGGUCAUCAGGGAUGAUGUGGUUGUCGCUAUAUUAGAAAAGAAUGACAUUUUUGGUGAGCUUAUUCACCUGUACGAUGAGCCAGGGAAGUCCAAUUCAGAUGUAAUCACCAUCACCUACUGUGACCUGCACCGCAUCCCCAGGGAAGACCUGCUGGAGGUCUUGGAUAUGUACCCCAGCUUUGCAGACAACUUCUGGAGGAACCUGGAGAUAACAUUUGACCUGAGAGAUGCUGACCAAGUACCACCGAUAAUAACAACUGAUGAUUCUGGUGAUGAUUGUGGUUGUCGUCACAAGUCAAGACACAAAAUACACUCCUUGGAUUGUAGAAUCAGGCCAGAUGGAAUAGAUCAUGAGGACUCGUACCCUGUUCAGUCCUUCCACCAUCGUCACUCACCUCCACAGACCCACUGGGAUGACCGCUGCAGCUGUGGAUCCCAAUGUUCCCAGUCUAGUGAAGACCUGGCUAAACCUCGUGCAUGUGGCACCAAAGUAGAGCUUUACCCAAUGGGGAGAGAAGCCAUGAUGGACAGAGGCCACCAAGCUUCAUCUCUAAAUGUGCCAGGAAUGUAUCGAUACUGGCCAGACCGUCAGUCUCCACAGUUUUCCAGUCGUACCUGGAGAUCAUCAUCUGUUCGCAACUCAUACCACCCACCGCCUUUCACAGAAGAGAGGCCCAGCGAACUGGAGUCUCGGCUUGAGGUUUUACAUUCACAGCUCAACAGAUUGGAGACUCGCAUGACAGCUGACAUCAACGUUAUUCUUCAGCUUCUCCAGCGGCAGAUGGCUCCUGUACCUCCAGCUUACAGCUCUGUAUCACCCAGUACCCUCCCCUCAGACUCACCUGGCCUGUACGGGAACGGGACAGCAGUGUUACACACCAUGUACCCUAUUUCCCCCAUACAGAUGGGCAGCCGGGCACCCACAGAGAGCUCUACACAGACUAAUCUUAAAGUCAUCAAGAAGUCCCAGGAGUCGUUGUCCAGUGGCAUCCAUGUGACUGUGGCAUCAGACGACACCAUGUUCAUGAUGGUCACCCCUGAAACUGAGACCCAUGCAGGGUUGGCUCCACAGCUGCCCCAGGCGUCUGUGGGAUCCUCCCUUACGGACAACCCCAGGCUCUGCGGCAGCCUCCGCUACCCUUCACUGCCCGGUAACCUGGACAUUACCUCAGGACUGGAAGACAUCCAGAAACACCUCUCAGAUCCAGUUCUGCCUGUCAUCUGACAACCUUCACGGGCUGCCAACCACGACCACUGUAACAACAGUGAAAGAAGAAACUCAGUGCUCCUUACAGACCUCUGGAUGAAUCUAUGGGAUUAGAGCAGCUCCUCGUCUGAGGUGGUUCAGCUGUGUCUCACAUGAAUAGAGCUUCAAAGACAGAAAAUGGUGACCAACACAAGACUGCAAGUUAGUCUUUGGUGAUGGCUUUUUCUAACAUUCGUCUCCUCAUCCAAUAUUAUCAUAAUGUCUAAGAGACUAAAUAUGGACUGAUAAAACACAAGCCAAACUGUCUUUCCACUUCUUAGUGCUUUUUUUUGUCCUGGUUUUUCCCGGUUCAGUACAUAUUUUGAGUUCUGGUCCUCUCUAACUUGUCACUUAUAAUUCGUGAGUAAUUCCCUUCUUGGUAAUUACAGAGCAUCUUCACGCAGACUCAGAUAUUAAACAAUAUGUUGGCUCACAUUUUUUUUAGAAAACUGUUUUGAUUUUGUUGAAAUGGUUAAUAACAGAAUGUGACUGCCAAGAAGGUAACUGGACAUUUAACAAUUUGUAAUUAUUUUGCCACUUUUCUCUGGUGCACAUUAUGUGUUUUAAAAUGAGCAUAGACAUAUCUGGGGCAUUCCUCUUAACAGUUGUUCAUUAUGUGCUAAUCACCUGAUCUGUAACCAUGCUGAUCUGACUCAAAAUUCCCCAAAUGACAUCUAUACAGAAUUUAUUUCAUAAAUUUAUGCUCAGAAAAAAGUAACACCAAACAGCUGCAGCAGUUGUAACCCCUUUCACUUGUAGUUCCCACUCCAACCCACAGUUCAUUGCAUUCUUGAUGCCAGUUCCUAGACUCUGACAACAUCCAUUUUACCUGUUGAUUCUCUACAUAACAUAGAAGAAAUAAUGGAUGAUGAUUUCUUACAGUAUUUUGCAGUAACUGGAAGAAUAGAUUCCACCUAUCAUUUCUGUAAUAUAUAUUAUUAUCAGUACUUUGUUGCUUUACUGUGAAAUAAGUUAUAUUUUGUCUAAACAUGAAGCUUCUGUCUAAUGAUU